UGCCCUGGGAGACCGCCGCGGAAAGGCGGAAGGAGCCGAGGACUGGCGAGCGCGGGAAUGCCAGCGGCCAUGGCAGCCUCGGGACCCAGGUGUCGCAGCUGGUGCUUGCGUCCCGAGGUGCCAUCCGCCACCUUCUUCACGGCGCUGCUGUCGCUGCUGGUGUCUGGACCCCGCCUGUUCCUGCUGCAGCCGCCCCUGGCGCCCUCGGGGCUCUCGCUGCGGUCCGAGGCCCUGCGCAACUGGCAAGUUUACAGGCUGGUGACCUACAUCUUUGUCUACGAGAACCCGGUGUCCCUGCUCUGUGGCGCACUCAUUAUCUGGCAUUUUGCGGGCAACUUCGAGCGAACUGUGGGCACUGUCCGCCACUGUUUCUUCACCUUGAUCUUCGCUGUCUUCUCCGCCAUCAUCUUCCUGUCGUUGGAGGCCGUGUCAUCACUGUCAAAGCUGGGGGAAGUGGAGGAUGCCAGAGGUUUCACACCGGUGGCCUUCGCCAUGCUGGGAGUCACCUCGGUCCGCUCUCGGAUGAGACGGGCCCUGGUGUUUGGCGUGGUCGUGCCCUCAGUACUGGUGCCGUGGCUCCUGCUGGGUGCCUCUUGGCUCAUUCCUCAGACCUCCUUCCUGAGUAACGUCUGUGGGCUUUUGAUUGGACUAGCAUAUGGCCUCACAUACUGCUACUCCCUUGACCUCUCGGAGCGGGUGGCACUGAAGCUCGACCAGAAGUUCCCCUUCAGCCUCAUGAGGAGGAUACCCUUGUUCAAGUACAUCUCUGGGUCCGCGGCGGAGAGGAGAGCAGCCCAGAGCCGGAAGUAAGUGGCUGAGCUACUCUGC